CAUGGUUGUCCACUUGAUCUCUCUUCUCACACCAAUCCUAGCCCUAAUCAUAAUUCUGUCUCUUCCCUCUCUCAUCAACACUUCCCAAUUGGAUUACGACACUCUAGUUUUCAAACAAUGCGAUUCAUUGGACGCAAACAUCCUUCAAAAAACAGCAACAAAAUAUUCAAAUUACUCAAAUAAGAAUCUCAUUCUCCGUGCACAAGCCCUUUCUUCUUUCUUACGCAAACUCGAAUCCGAAUCCUCUCGAUCUAAGUUCUACAAGACUCUAGUUGGUAACGAAGAGCACGCCGUCUCUGGAUGGUUCCAGUGCAGAGAAGAUUAUCCGAGUGAGAUAUGCCAUAGAUGUGUUAGUGAUCUUCGUGACAUUUCGUAUAGACUGUGUGGAAACGCCACUUCAGCUCGUGUUCAUAUCCGAGGAUGUCACUUGAUAUACCAGUUUGAAGGUGUUGAGACCCCUAGUGCUCAAGGAGCUAGGAAUCAUCACAACAACCACAAGUUAUUCGAAACCCCCGAACACGGUCUUCUCCACAAGAUAUGUGAUGAAGCAACGGCGGAGACGUUUGCCGGAUUCGAAGAGUUGAAGAGAGAGGCACUCGCUGCAGCUGAAACAGGAGUCGUUGACGGGCACGGGUUCUUUGAGGAUAGUUUCAAGCUCCUCCACGUUGUGGCUCAAUGUGAUGGCCACGUUGAAGCUUGCGAUUGCGGCGAGUGCGUCAGUGCCGCGGCUGCUGCAGCGGCAGAAGAGUGUCGGUGGUCUAUCGCGGGUCAAAUAUACUUAGAAGGGUGCUACGUCGGGUAUACAUACCACCCGCAUGAAGUUCCCGAUAAUUCAUACCACGAAGAAGAAGGUUCAAAAGUAAACACGGGGAAGUCGUUGGCGAUAGUUGUAGGAGGAGUAGCGGCAUUGGUCCUUGUUGCUAUCUUUUUUAUGUUCCUAAAGAGCUUGCGUAAAAAAGGAGAUGAUUGUUGAAGAGAAGGUUUACAUCAUAGAGAUGUUAAGGGUUUAGUUAAUUUUGGACAGCUCCACACAAGUAUUAACUACAUCUAGUGAUUCGGAUACGAGAUACAAAAUCAUAUCAUUGACCAAAUCAGACAACUUGUUUUCCUUUAAUUUGCUUGACGUAUUCAUCAGUCUUCACCCUCUUCUACAUCUUCAGGCACUAGAAAGCAUUGACUUUUAAACUUUAUAGACGCAGAAAUUGCCGAGAGAAGAGAGUUACAUGCAUAUAUAAAAAAUAAUUCAUGUCUAAUAAAAGUUUGUCAAAAAAAAAAAAAAAAAAAGUCUAAUAAAAAUAUUGUGAGUGCACCAACAUAUGUAGCUGAAAUGGAUAAAGGAACACAAUUGUUCCUGAUAAUUUCAAGAGGGGGAAAAAAUCACAAAAUCGAAUUCGAAUAAGUCAUCGCAAUUAUGCUAGGUGAUGAGUAAAAAGGAAGUUAGACCAAAUGAUAUGGAAAAAUGUAAACCUUCUCUUGGUGAAGUGACCAAAUGAUAUGAAUAACCCAUCGCAAGCAACAACGAUGGUGAAGUGACCAAAUGAUAUGGAAAAAUGUAAAAAGCAAACCUGGUUUAGAGAGCUUCACAACUCGAUUGAAGGCUAUUAAAAA